CUUUCAUGUCCUACCUCCCCUGUUUUUAUCACAGGCUAUAAACGUGAGAUGAAGUAUACCUGACAACUCAAUCUUUCGAGAUCCUCAAAUAUCAAAAGCCACAAAUCAUCCACCAAUCAGAAUGGAACUCACGAAGAAGCUCAAGGGAAAAUUUCGCCUUCUCACUUCCAGGGCCAAACAUGAUCAAAAACAUCAAAAAGUCGACCAGCCUCCACGCGAGCAGCAGCCCAAGAGCCAGAAGGCUACCAGCAGCCAGCCAGGUCCUUCAGGCCUGCCGGAACGGUCCAAUAGGCCAUCCCGACCUGAGCCCACAAUCGCCGACGUACCGAUCAAGGACCUUUGGGAUCUGGCCUACGAGAAUCUGCACAAAAGCGAUAAAGAAUCCAUAGACGAAUACGAAGCCAAACUCCGCAAGAACUUCUCUGCUACUCUAGUCUCAACCGUCGGCAUGACUCCUCGGGCUGCCAGGAGAGACCGGAUGCACAAAAUUCUUGAGCGCAAGAUGGAGGAAAUAAACAGAGACACGUGGAAGCUGAAGUUCGGAAGCUCGGAGGUCCAAGUCAAGGAUUUGGUACAGCCCGUUCUCGGGGUCGUCAAUUGGGCCAAUGAGUACGUCACUGGUGCUGUGAGUGCAAACCCGACUGCCUCACUCGCCUGGGGAGGUGUCAGUCUCUUGCUGCCGCUCUUCUUGAACCCUUCCAAGCAAGCCUCAGCACUCGCUCAGGGUUUGGAACACAUCUCAUUCCUCAUUGAUCAGAGCCGAAUGUGGGAGAGUCUCUAUCUGCGACGCUACGAGUCACACACUAGUGAAAACCAACAGGGCUCACAGCCCGGGGACGAACUCACUAUAUUCAAGGAUUCUUUACAGAAGCUCUAUCAGGAGAUCCUCAAAUUCCUCAUUGAGAGUUACUGCUACUAUGAUAGCAAUGGUGUGACUCGCCUCGGUCAGGAUAUGAUCAAAUGGAAUGAGUGGGAUACGAUGCUGGCAUCGAUACAAGACCGUCAGAAAAAGUUUUCUGACACGUUGUCUGCCGUCAACACUCUUUGGGGGGAUUCGCAAUUUGACGAGGAACAACUAGCAGCAACAAAGCGACAUCAAGAGGCUCUUCUCCACUGGCAGAGCAUAGGCACCGAUGUCUCGGGGUUACUAGACGCUGUCAAGCAGUCUAAGGCGGAUGAGGCACGUGAUGGCCUCCUCAACUGGCUGUGUCAAGUGGAUGCCUCUGUGCUGUAUAAUCGCGCCCACGGCAAGCACACAAACGGAACAAGCAACUGGCUGGUGCAGGGUAACAAGGAAUUCGAGGCUUGGAAGAAAUCACCAAGUUCGCUGCUUUGGCUCCAUGGCAAGCCUGGAUGUGGCAAAUCGGUCCUGAGUUCGUCUGCUAUUAAACACCUUAAGGACCGAGUUGAAUUGGACCCUCAGACCGCGUUGGCAUACUUCUUCUUCGACUUCCGCGGUGAACAGACAAAGAAAGUCGACAUAAUGCUCUCAUCCCUUAUCAGGCAAUUGUAUGCCGAGAGGCCUGAUAAAACGGAGCCCGUUGAGAGGCUUGGCCAUCUCAAGGCGAGGGGUGAACGUCCAGACACCGAAAAACUCGAGGCCGCACUUUUAUCCACCACUAUCGGAUUUUCAGCAGCUUUCAUUGUCAUUGACGCUCUAGACGAAUGUCCAACUCUGGAUGGUGAGCGGCAUAAACUCAUAAACACCCUUGCUCACAUCAUACAAGACAUGCCAGCCAAUGUUCAUGUUAUGUGUACCAGUCGACCAGAGCCAGACAUCGCUGCAGGGAUGGAAUGCAUGCUCUCCCCAUCUUCAAAAAGCGUGAUCGACCUAAGCAAUCAAUCGCAUAGCAUCAAUCACGACAUUGAGCUAUAUAUUGACUCAAUGUUCUCAUCUCCUGACUACCACUCAUGGACCGGUGAUCUCAAGCAAGAGGCAAAAGCCGCACUAACGGGUAAAGCAGACGGGAUGUUCCAAUAUGUCCAGUGCCAGUUCGAUGCCCUCCAAAAGCUUCCAUAUCCGACUGAGAAAAUUAUUCGGGGGCAACUGCGUCACCUCCCACAAGGCCUCGACGAAACAUACGAGAGGAUGCUAGAGAAAGCAGAUCCACGUAUUUUAAGCGUUCUCAAGUGGCUGGCUUCGUCGACUAGGGACCUCAGUCUUGGGGAGUUGGCGGAGAUCUCGGUUUUCGACCCCGAAACGAAAGAACCUUUGGGCAAGAACUCCCGGCUCCCCGCGCCCGAAGCCUGCAUCAAGCCAAUAUCCGGUCUCAUCAUUACGGAGGAGUCGCGAGGACGCUAUCCCGGUGUCCAUGUGCGACUAGCCCAUUUCACGGUAAAGGAGUAUCUCAUGUCUGAACGCAUUGUCAAGGGAAAGGCAGCUUACUUCAGUUUCACGGAAAUCGAGGCCAACCUACACAUUGCCCACAUGUCGCUGAGCUACCAGUAUGUUCACCUUCAGAAUGUGCGCGACAACAGCAUCGCCUGGGAAGUCGAGUUUGACUUCCCGCUCGCACGAUAUGCAUUACACAGCUGGGCGCCCCAUCUCGAAAUUGUACCGCGUGAUAAGUGGCCGGCUGACGUCGCUCGCCUCGCCAAACUUGCCCUGACCAUGCGCAGCGACUGCGUGCGCACAACAACUUGGAACGGAUUUGAAGACCCGAUUUACGAGGACAUUGACUUCCUCUUGGUACGAAACCUUUUUUCCGGUGAUUUCGAAAGGCCAUUCUUUUAUCCCGCUCGGAGUGGAUUCACCAAGAUCACCGAGAUGCUCCUCGAAGGAGGCUUCGGCACGAAUUGGUACUUGACGCAGCAGGACAUCGACAAAACUCUUGCUGAGGCAGCACGAGGAGGAAACAUUGACACCGUAAAAAUGCUCAUAGGCAAGGGCGCAGACCCAAAAGCACAGAUCGGCACACUGGGAGGUGCCUUACAAGCGGCAGCAUUUGAGGGGCACGAUGCGAUUGUGAAUCUCCUCCUCGAUCAUGGCGCCAGUGUCGAUGCACAAAAUGGUAAAAUGGGCUCAGCUCUACAGGCUGCUAUAUUGGGUCGACAUCUUACAGUUGCGCAAUUGCUCGUAAGACGCGGCGCCGAUGUCAAUGCAUAUUCAGUUGCAGCCGGAUGUCCCUUGAUGUCAGCAGCAGAGGGUCUUCUCCCACACGCCGCUCCAUCAGGCGAAUGUUUGGAAUUUCUCCUUGAUAAUGGCGCCGACAUGAACAUGCAAUGCAUCAAUCGUGGGACAGCACUGCAACUUGCGGCUGCGAAUAUGGGUACAUGGGGCUACAGGGAGUGUUACGACUUGCUCCUGAAGAAUCGCGCCGACGUCAAUAUUCCGGGUGGUCAGUACGGUGGUGUACUACAGGCGCUAUGCCAGAAUGAAUACGCGAAAGUAUCGGACAUCCAGUUGCUAUUGGACAGAGGCGUCAAUGUCAACGCAGAAGGUGGCAAGUACGGCAGUGCCCUACAGGCUGUGUUCGCCAGCAGUGCUUCAUUGGAGGAAAAGACGGGAAUUGUGUCGCUCUUGCUUGAAAAAGGCGCAAAGGUUAAUAUGGAGCGGGCCCCGGGAGGCUACUACGGGACAGCGCUACAGUCGGCGUCAGCAAGCUAUUAUUCAUUUCCUCUUGUGGAAUUACUUCUACAGAAGGGGGCUGAUGUGAAAGUAGAGGGAGGAUACUACGGGAGUGCCUUACAGGCAGCUUGCGCACGGGACCCAAGAGUAGACUUUGACACAGUUGAGCUUCUGCUCGACUGGGGCGCCAACGUCAACUCGACGGGAGGCGAGUUUGGUUGUCCGCUGCAGGCCGCGGCUUUGGAAAGAUACGGAGACACUGACGUCUUGGAGCUACUGCUUGACAAUGAUGCUGAUGUCAACAAGGCGUGUGGGCGCUAUGGCAACGCUUUGCAGGCAAGUUGUGUGAGUGCGGAUGUGGACAACGUGCGAUUUUUGCUUGACCGCGACGCCGAGAUCAACGCGUCGGGCGGAGAAUAUGGAACCGCCCUCCAAGCGGCGUGCGCGGUAGGAAGCAGGGGAAUAACGAGUCUGCUGGUGGAGCGUGGUGCUCAUAUUCACGUACAAGGCGGUAAGUUUGGCAGUGCCUGGCACGCCGCCGCGGCCAACAUCCGGGCUGACAAUGAAAUAUUACAAUUACUGCUGAAACAUGGAGCAAAGGUCAACGACAAACAGGGAUCUCAAUACGCCACCGCCCUUCAGGCAGCACUUGAGCUUGAGUGCAAUGACUACCGCGACUUGCCGAUCAAAAGGAUUCAAUUCUUGCUCGACCACGGUGCCGAUGUCAACAUCGGAGGCGGAGUAUACGGCUUCCCGCUACAAUCGGCUUGUGCCAACGUCUACGGUAUGAAGCUUACAAUCUUUCUGCUCGACAAAUGCAACAGGAUUGAAGUCAACGCAGCAGGGGGUAUCUUCGGCUCGGCUCUCCAAGCAGCGGCGCAUUCGGGUCAGAUAGAGUCUGUUCGUGAGCUGCUAAAAAGGGGGGCUAAAAUCAACGCACGAGGGGGUAAAUAUGGCAGCGCACUAAACGCGGCUGUGCUCAAAGGGUUCUGGGAUAUCGUUGAAUUGCUGCUUGAGAAAGGUGCAGACCCGGACAGCCGGCAGCUACCCCAGCCCGACGAGGAGUGGCUUUCAAAUGUUCGCUCCACAUUUUUCGAUGACCAGGAGCCAUGGUGGAGCGAAAUUGAGCUCCAAGAAGGUGUCAGGGAUGAGAGACUGCGUGAGCGUGCCUGGGACGAGGCUGGUCGGGGUGCUGUGGAGCGUUAUAGGAAGUUCUGGGUAGAGACCGCAACUCGAUAAGGCGGCGGGCGAUACGUGUGCCCCAAGAUCUCUUUCUUAAUUUUCACGGACUUAUAGUACUCAUAUAAUGAUUUAUCAUGUGAUGGUUUGCAACCACCGACUUACAACCACAUAGGCUAGAAGAACUACAAUAAACGACAGCCCAGGUGUCCACCUGUCA